AUGUCCCACAUUGGACUACCUGAAGAACCAACGCCAUUUGGAGUCAGCGAGAAGAAGCGGUUAUCCCAUGACGCAUAUACUGUUGGGUGGAUCUGCGUGCUUCAAUGUGAGCUCAACGCGGCAAAGGCUUUGUUAGAUGAGCAACAUGAACAGCUUCCCUCAGCCGCAAAAGACGACAACAGCUAUCUCCUCGGUCGGAUGGCAGGCAUAAUGUUGCUAUUGCUUUCACCGGAUUGGGCACCUGUGGAACAAAUGCUGGCGCACAGACUGCUGCGGCGUUCUUCAAUACGAUAUGGAAAAUGGAAGAAAGAUGGAGAAUUCUCCAUCGAAUCACACUUGAACAAACCACCUAAGGUUUUGUCAAAGGCCAUUGAGCUGCUGCAAUCCGAACACGAUUUUGGCGAAGGCCACAUGUCACAUUACAUCCAACAAGUGGCUCUGAAAGCGGCAAAGCUUCGCGGUUUGAGGCAAUAUCGCUUUCCGGGUCGGGAUAAAGACCAACUGUUCAGUGCGACUUAUCAUCAUGAAUCUGAAGCAAAUUGUUCAGCCUGUGAUCCUGCACAGUUGGAAGAGAGACUUUCUCGAUAUUCGGAUGAUCCUAUAGUUCAUUACGGCCUUAUUGCCCCUGGUAAUGCUGUCCUAAGGUCUGCCAAAUGUCGAGAUGAGCUACGAGACGCUUGGGGUGUUCUAAGCUUUGAGAUGGAAGCAGCAGGACUGAUGGAUAACUUCCCUUCAGCAUAUGCGAAGGACCUCUUGAGAGUGAUUCGACCGCAAGAAAUCAAUGAAUUGGAAGCCAUACCUAAAACUCUUGAGAAAUUUUUGGAAGACUUUGCUACGACUGGAGAAGCUGUCACACGUAUCGAGUCUAAAAUCACUAGCGAGGAAGACAUUAGGAUCCUCGAAUGGCUAACACUGGUAAAUUAUGGUCUUCAACAGAGUGAUUACUUUCAGAGACGGCAGCGUGAGACUGGUCAGUGGUUUCUCAACUCGUCACAAUCCGAGGAGUGGCUUCAGACAAGCAGAAAGACAUUAUUCUGCCAAGGCAUUCCUGGAGCGGGAAAGACCAUUCUCAUAUCAAUCGUAAUUAACGAUCUAUAUACACGAUUUGAUCAAGACAUCACUAUUGGAAUCGCGUACAUCUACUGCAACUUCCAGCGCACUGACGAUCAGCAAGUUAACGAUUUAAUGGCAAGCUUAUUGAAGCAACUUUCUGCACGGCAACAUUCCCUACCAGGUGGUGUAAAAAUUUUGUACAACUUUCAUCGAGCCAAACAUACACGGCCAUCCCUGGAAGAAAUUCGCGGAGCUUUACAGUCCGUGGCUCGGAUGUACACGAGGGUCUUUGUAAUCGUCGACGCACUUGAUGAGUGCCCAGCGGCUGAUAACAACCGAACCAAUUUCUUGGCUGAGAUAUUCGCGCUACAGAAUGCGACAAAAGCAAAUUUGUUUGCGACCUCGCGGCAUAUACAAGGCAUCCGAAACCAGUUCCACGAAAGCAUAUUACUGGAUAUUCGAACAAGAGAAGACGAUGUUCGACAAUAUUUAGAGGAACAUAUAUCAGGGUUACCAUCUUUCAUCCUAAAGCGUUCCGAUUCGCAAAGAAGAAUAGUACACCAAAUCGCCAACUCGACUGAUGGAAUGUUUCUUCUUGCAAAACUCCAUCUAGACUCGUUCCAACAUCAACCUACACCAAAGGCAGUUCUCAGAGCUUUAGACAAUUUACCAAAAGGUGAUGAGGCUUUGAAUCAAACCUACGGCGAAACAAUGAAGAGAAUAAAAAACGAGGGAGCAGGGUUUCAGCAGCUUGCUUUGCACGCCUUGUCGUGGGUAUCAUGCGCCAUGAGACAGCUAUCCACACUUGAGCUUCAGCCAGCACUGGCUGUAGAGAAAGGUAGUCGUGGAAUAGAUGAUGACAACAUCCCAGAGAUUAGUGACAUAGUCUCCGCAUGUGCUGGGUUGGUCCGUCGAUAA